CCCUCUUUGUUCAGAAACUUCCAGCCAAGAGAAGGCAGAGCAUGGCUCCAAAGUCCUCCUCCUCGACUGCAAAAAUGGGGGAGAAGACCCUCCAAAGUGGGUCUCUUUGAAAAGGAGAAGGGUCUUCUUCUCCCUUGGCAGGAGGGACUGGCAGGCCAAUGCCACCAUGGAGCUCUCCAAGGACCGCCCUCUUCUCCAUCACCUUCAUCUGCUCCUUUCUUGGUGUCGUAAAUGAUACGGUACAGAUGCCCAUCUGCAAGGUCAAUGGGAUGGUGAAUGGAACAGUUGUGCUGCCCAUCAGGAACAUUUCCACAUCAGAGACAUUACACAGAAUCGAAUGGGAUUUCCAGCUGCAAAGUGGCAAACGGUUAAACAUAGGCGAAUUCCAAGAUGGGACACUGAAGCGUCUGACUCCCAAUGACCGGUUUGGGUCGCGCGUGGAACUGGCAAAUGAGACCAGCCUGAGGAUCCAAAACCUGGAGAAAGAGGACAGCGGGUUGUAUAGGUCCCAGGUGCGGUUUCGCUCGGCUGAGACUCAAGAGCAUUUCUACCACCUCAAGGUCUAUGAUCCUGUUCCAGUACCGCAAGUUCUCCACCAAAUGGUCUCCAACUCUUCAACUAGCUGUAAUGUGACCUUGGAGUGUUGGCUCUCUGAAAAGGCCGGACUCAGCAUCUCCUGGAGGAUCGGGAAUGAUCUCAGGACCUUAGAAGGAAGUUCAGGCUGGUAUCAGCUCUCCUCCGAUGGCUGGCGUCUCCAUGUUUCCAUGGGGUCCAAUGCAAGGGACUCCAACUUCACCUGCCUGCUCUCCGAUCAGAAGCACAUCUCCAUUGACUUGCUCUCCGUCUGCUCCCUUGAAGGUAACGGACCAAUAUGGGAGCAAUGGGGGCUGAUGGUGAGGCUCAUCGUAUUAUCGUUCCUGGUAGGAUUUUGCACAAUCUGGAAUUGUAGGAAAAAGAGGAAAUGUUUCACAAGCAGACAAGCUGACCCUGAGUGACCACUCCUGAACAUCUGUCCUAUGAGAACCAAAACGAGAGGAAUCCCCCUGAAAUCAGCAAUUACGAGGUGAGAUGAUUUCUCAGAACUGGGUGAGAUGUGGUCGUUCGGCAUGUCCAAGUCAUUUCUCCAAGGCAUCUACAGUGUUGAAUCGAUGCAGUUUGAUACCUCUUGAACUGCUGUGGCUGGAGGCUAUGGAACCCAAGGAGUUGGGCAUUGAAUGCUAGAAAUAGCAUUGAAGGACCUAAAGAGUCCUCAAUGUUCUCCAGACAUGUCUAGAUCCUCCAGAAUAAUCAGAGAAGGUUGACCAUAGGAUCAAACCAGAGAUUCGAUUAAUCUCUCAUCGACUCUCAACCAAUUCAACCUAGUUUGUGGCAGCCACAAAAACGAAGUUUCUGGAGUACAACAACUACUUUCAAAGCAAGUCCUGCACAAUGAAACAGGAAAAAACACUUUCACACCAGGAACAGGAUUUUUUUUCAAUUUUUUUGACAUAGUGUUAUUAACUUCUGUGUUACAAUCGGGAAAGUGGAUAUUUCAAGACGGCAAUAAUAAUAAUAAUAAUAAUAAUAAUAAUAAUAAUAAUAAUAUCACACAGUCCUAGAUUCUUGGGAAGUGUUCGACUU